AUGUCCGCUAUCCAGAACCUCCACUCUUUCGACCCCUUUGCUGAUGCAAGUAAGGGUGAUGACCUGCUUCCUGCUGGGACUGAGGAUUAUAUCCAUAUGAGAAUUCAACAGAGAAACGGCCGGAAGACCCUCACUACUGUCCAGGGGAUCGCUGAUGAUUACGAUAAAAAGAAACUAGUGAAGGCCUUCAAGAAGAAAUUUGCCUGCAAUGGUACUGUAAUUGAGCAUCCAGAAUAUGGAGAAGUAAUUCAGCUACAGGAUGACCAGUGCAAGAACAUAUGCCAGUUCCUCGUCGAGAUUGGACUGGCUAAGGACGAUUAG